GACGGUCGUGUGAGAGCAUAAAGACUCUCUGUUCAAGUCAGCUCGAUUCUGAAUUUAAUUUUUUCAAAUUUAAAAGUUUAGCGCGUUUAAACGCAUUGGAAACUAACGCGUUUAGCAGGAUGUUUUUGCCACAUUUAGGGUGUCAAAUGCGUUAAAUUAUAACGCGCUCUAACGCGGUGAUUAUCGACACUGUGAAACGCGUUGAUCAGUAACGCGUUUGAACGUCCGGAAUGUGACAAAAAACAUCCUGCUAAACGCAUUAGUUUCUAUGAAAAUUUAAACGCACUCUAACGCGUUUUUUUCGCAGAAAAAGUUUGCCUGGGUAAACAAUUCUACUUAUUUUGAAAAUAUAGUUAUAACGUUCUUUUAGGUUAUAGCGUGACAAUUGUUGUUGAAGGUGGUAUCAGUGUAUUGGAAGUAAUGUUAAACGAUAUUCAUGCUGAAAGGCCGAUAAUUCUAAUACUAGGGACUGGUCGAAUGGCAGAUGUUAUUGGCAAUUUAAUUCAGUUAACAUCAAAUGCAGAUCAAAAUAUUCAAAGAGAACCAACAAGAAAUGAAAUACGUUGUAAUCUCUUAGGUCUAUUUCCCAUUCUCGAUCACAUUGGAAACGAAAAUGAAUUAAAUACUUGUAUCGAACAAAUUAAUGAAAUAAUGACGAUUGUCAAUCGAAAAUUUCUAUAUGUCGAUCGUUUAAAUCGAGAUCAAAAUAUAACUGAAACAAUAUUCAAGACUAUAUUUUCAGCAUAUCAAAACAGAAAUUGUAUCUCCAUUGGUGGUCCACUAAUAACGAAUCGAAAAAGAUUCUUUGAAUUAGCAUGUAAAUUGAAUUAUUUUGAUGGGAUUAAACAAGUGGUUGAAUUAAUUAAUUCAGAUAAAGAGAUCGAAAUCGAAAAGAUGAAACGAUCGGUGCAACAAUCUAAUCAGUCCAGCUUAGCAAAUGUGACUGCUUUGGAAUCCGUACAAAGCCUAGAAACGUUCACACUGAGUCUUUUUAGACGACAUAAUUUCUACAACAGAUUAGACUUUGCUAGUGGUGUUCGUAUAUUAAACGCAUCACUUAAAAGAUAUGUCGGCCCUUACAUUCGUCCGAUUUAUUCUAGUUAUGAUCCCCUUCUCCCUCGCCCUUACUCUGACCAUUACCACCCUCGCCGCGAGUUAGAAUUUGAGAAAGAAAUGGAAGAUUUAGAGGACUACGAUGAAUCACCGAUUAUUCAGCGUGACUAUACACAACAAGAAAUGUUUCGGGAUUUAUUUAUAUGGAGUGUAUUCAUGAACUUCCCAAAAAUGGCAAAAGUGUUUUUAAGUUAUCUAGAGCCAAGAAUUUGUGCUUCAUUAAUUGCAUCAAAAGUUUUUAAAAAAUGCUCAGAAGAAGUAACCGAUAUUGAUCUAAAACAAAAAUUUGAAUUACAAGCUUUGGAGUUUGAAAUUUAUGCUGCAAAAUGUGUUGAUACGUGUUAUGAACAUAGCAAAGACUUAGCAUGUGAAUUGUUACUAAGACAGAUACCGUUAUUUGGAAAUGUAACAUGUAUGCAAGUAGCAAUAUCAGCUGAAAGUACAAAAUUUCUUGAGACAGCAUGUUUUGACCAGGUAUUAAAUCGAGUUUGGUAUGAUAAACUGACAUUAUUAAAUCAAUCGGCACUUUCAUCACAAUUGAAAUUGUUUGGUAGUAUAGUUACACUCGGAUUAACUGCACCAUUGUUUUUGGAAUACCGUAAACGAACUUUACAUGAUCUGUUUGCAUUUAUCUACUUAAUAUUUAUUGCUAUUGUUGCUUAUGGUGUUGUUUCACGUGCAUUAAUUAUGCAUGGUCAAGUUGAAUUUACGCUCCGUGGAAUAUUUGAAAACAUAUUGUAUCCCCCGUACUGGUUUAUACACGGUGAAAUAGAUGAUAGAGAGAAACUAGAUGGCAUGAUUAAUAAUGGUACUAGUAAAAUAGUGGCUGAAGCAACAGUAACACAUGUCUUACUGGCAUUACAUAUGCUAUUUAUUAAUAUUUUACUAUUAAAUUUACUUAUUGCCGUUUUUACUAGUACGAACACUAGGACUGGAACAGAAAGUAAAGAAACAGUCGCCGAUUUAAAGGAACAAUUGAAUGUGAUACACGCAAUGUUGUCAAAUAUACAAAUACAACUUAAUCAGAGAAAUGCUUCUGAUCCAGAAGGUGAAUGUACCAACAACAGAAGAUUAUAG